ACUACGAGGAAGUUAAAAACGGAUGCGAAGAUGGCAUUGAGACGUUCAGGUACAAGAAUCUGCAGAGAUAUUGUUCUCCUGGCAAGUUUAUGCUUUUCUUCCAUUACUAGCAUAUUGAUCGUCAACUGUCGGGGAAAAGAAUAUAACUUUAAAUUGUGGCAAAAUGGUUUUCUAGCUGUAGGAAGGAAAGAGUGCUUUUUUUUUUUUUUUUGACCUGGAAGUUAGAUUAUCCUGUUGAGAUCCUCAUUUUCUCUUUACUGUCUCUUGUCUCGUAGCUAUGGAGGAAUCUGCCAUUGUUGAAAAGCAGAGCCAGAGAAAAAGAAGCAGCAGCGACAACAACGCUUUUGCCAAGUUCGUGCCUCUUGCUUCGCCAUUAGGAGACGACGGUGCAUCCCAAGAGGCAAACCUUGAAGCUGAAGGUCACGAUAAUGGACGCAAAAGACUCAAACCAAAUUCCCCGUCGGAGUUCGCCUACAUCUCCUCUUCCUCCUCUUCUCCUCUUCUCAAGCAAUCCAUGGCCCAAGACAAUCAGCAAUUUUCCUCUCCUUCCACAAUGAGUAAGCAUUCCACUGAUACAAGACCAUCUCCAUCUUCCAUUGCGAGCAAAUCCAAUAUCGCUUUCGAGGCGCUGGAUACAAAAAGCAGCCAAGAUCUCUCAGCUGAAGAUCGAUUUGAGCUGGGGCCGACAGGUUCAAUGGCAGCUGAACAACUAUCUAAGAGACCAAAGAGCGGAGGAAUCUACGAAGCAAUUAGGGUUCAUAGAGAAAGUACAUUGAAACGGCUAAGAGAACUGUGCAAUGAGGAGCCGACGAUCGAUGUGGGAAUUGAGAUGGCUGAUGUGGCAUCUCUUCUGAAGCUUAUGAGCUCCUCAACUGAUGAGAUCAUUGAGAGCGCAGGGCAAAAGGCUCAUCGGGGAGCACUGUUGUUGCUUCAAGCAGAGAUCCUUCGCAAGAAUGGUCUGCAGCUACUUUCUGAGAGCCAAAACUCGUUCAAGGAUAUCUUAUAAUUACGGGUUGCUUUGGUUCAAGCGGACCUUAAAUUUUCCCCUUUGUUCAAUCUAACUGUUAUUUAACUUCUUAUAUGAUACUGAUCUUUACGUUCGAAAGACAUGCUUUGGUUGGAAUCGAACAACUGAAUAUCUUUCUUUCGGUAUAUGCAUUUCUACGGAUUCAAUUUUCUGGGAUUCUUGCGUAUUCUUACAUAUGAUAACUUUGGUGAUUGGCAAUCGUGUCACAAUAUGAAGAAGUCAAAUGUACCGAUAUUUACUUUGAUUGUCAUUUUCAUAUUGGUUCUCUGGCACAUUCAUAAAAUCAAAAUAUUCUACGUCUUGAUAUAAACAUUCUCACAUAAAAAUGCUUCAUAGUAAGUUGGACACUGCAGACCUGCCUCUCUCGGCUUUAACUCUGAAAAUCACACAUUCUUCUAUCUGCUACAGUAUUGGGGUUUACAUGUGAAACUUCAUCUUCAAAAUUUACUUAGUCACGGGCAGAAUAAUAGGUCUGCAUGAUAGUAAGAGCAAGCAGCAGAGCAGCAGCUAUUACUCCUAUCAAUUUCCAUACAUUAGGGAUAUGGUCACGAAUCAGGAUCCUAUAGCUGCGUUUGCAGAAGAACUUGAUGAAUUCUACACACAGUCUGCAAUAAUGGCACAUCAUUAUAGGGAACUUCACCAAGGGGUUCACUGCCGAGUAUGCGUUCAAGUCCUCACACAGUUGACUGUAACUUGAAUCCAUUUGGUCUGCCCCACUUGUGAUUGUACUAAAAAGUUCGAGUAAAUCUUCGUUGCUUAUCUUGGUUUCAUUCAUUAUAACUCCAUUUUCUACGAGCAGCUCAAUAUCCUGGAGAGAACAGAUCAACCCUUUGAAAAACAGAGCAUAGGAAGUGAACUGCCUGUUGAUUCCGAUCCUACUCUGCUCCCAAGCGAUGAAGUUCCUCAAGUAGAUUUCUGUGGUGUUCACGAUAUGCAAAGGUGGAAUUUCUAGAACCCCUUUGCUGAAUCUAAACCCAAAGUUAAAUCUGAGGAUGUUUUUACAAUGUGCAGGUCGAAUUGCAACCCCAGCAGCUCUCAACCUGGUAGCACACCGCCGAAGUUCUUGGUGAGCUUGUUUCACCUUCUGUCCUUCUUCAACGAUGGAGGAUAAGUGCAAAAGAUGGAGAAAGUGAGCGACACUUGAACAACGAAUCCAAGGGUAUCUAAACAGGGAAAGAGCGAGAUCUGAAACAAGAUUAUCAGCAUCCCUGGUGAAGAGACUGGGAAAAAGUAUCCUGGCCAAUGUCUUGAUAACAAAGAAGGGUAUUUGGUUCUCAAGCAGAGUCAGAUCCGUUAGAACAGAGAAAAGGAACUCCUCGUUUUGAACUAUAGGAUCAGAAGCAUGGUUGUGGGAUUCAUGGUCAUUUGGUAAUAAAUUCAUGAGCUCUGGUGGCGACAAUCGAAGAAGGAGUUCUAACAAGAAACAACCAUCCAAAAGCAUAAUCUUAGCUAGCUCGUGGGAGUCAUACCUGAUGUUGCCUCCAUAGCUUGCACGAACAGCGUCGUCUAAGCCAAGAAUGACGGUGCCACAUUUGUCUAAGGCGGAAACAGGGUUUUGGGUUCGGUGAAGAAGGGAAAGCAUGUAACGCCAUUUGUGCUCUUCCAUGGCAAGAAGGUGACUUUUGGUUCCUCUGUGAAUG